AGAAACGCCGGCGGGUGGGGCGGGGGCUGGCGAUCGCGCCUCCCUGAGGAAUCUGCCCCGCCCCCCAGUCCCACAUACAGCUGCCUCCCUUCCCCCAGUGCGCAUGCCCGCUGUCCUCUGUGGGCUCCUCCAAUCCUUCCCCCUCCAGUGGCGACACCCCGGCGGGCAAAACCAUUCACGCAACGUUGGGGGCUGUGUUAGCGCCUGCGUCUCUUUAACCCUGCCUUCCGCGAGAGGGCUUCCGUCGCCCCCGACAGUUUUUGACUCUGCGGCAGAAGGCUCGUUUACUGCCACUAUUUAUGUUGGUUUGGAGUUGUCUGUCCGCCUUCCCCACCCCAUCCCUCACCCCUGGACAGUAGCUGGUCUAUCCCAAGAUGGCGGCGGUUCCGGAGCUGCCGUAAAGCACAGUUCCGGGCUAGGCCGGCCCACGUGGGAGUGAGCCAGACUCGGGGCCUCCUGUAGCGAGGCCCUCCCCAGUGCUGUGCAGAGCGUGCGCGCGCCGCUGCACCCGCUUCCGCGCCAUGCCUCACAGAAGGAAGAAACCCUUUAUAGAGAAAAAGAAAGCUGUAACAUUUCAUCUGGUACACAGAAGUCAGAGGGACCCUUUGGCAGCUGAUGAUACUGCACCUCAGAGAGUUCUGUUGCCUUCGCAGAAGGGAGAUGAGGAACAGAAGAGAGAAGAGCAGAGGAAAUAUGGGGUGUUUUUUGAUGAUGACUAUGACUAUUUGCAGCAUCUAAAAGAAGCCUCUGGUCCCUCAGAGCUAGUCCUGUCUGAUGUGUCUGGUCAACAGAACAGGAUUAUAGUGAGAGGGGAAGGAGAGAGAGAGGAAGAAAAUCAACAAAUUCCAGCUCCUGCUAUUAAGUUGCCUUCCUCAGUGUUUGCCUCAGAGUUUGAAGAGGAUGUGGGACUGUUAAAUAAAGCUGCUCCUGUUUCAGGACCCCGUUUGGAUUUUGACCCUGAUAUUGUCGCAGCUCUUGAUGACGACUUUGACCUCAGUAAUCCAGAUAAUCUUCUCGAAGAUGACUUUGUGCUAAAGGCCAAUGAGCCAGGGAAAGAGGACUGGAAAGGAGAGGAUUGUCGGGGCUCUGAUACUGAGGAUGAAGAUGAGUGGGAGGAUAUGGAUGAUGAUGGAAAGGACAACAACGGUAGUGAUGAAGAUUAUGAUUCAGAGGGUCCUUUGUCAGAUGAUGAGGGAGUUAGUGGAGAGAUGAAAGAGUUUCUUUUCAUGCAAGAGGAGACCAAGAGCCGUUUCACAGAAUACUCCAUGACUUCAUCCGUAAUGAGAAGGAAUGAACAGUUGACCCUGCUAGAUGAGAGAUUUGAGAAGUUCUUUGAACAGUUUGAUGACGAUGAGAUCGGAGCAUUGGAUAAUGUGGAAUUAGAAGGCUUUAUUCACACAGACAGCACUCGGUUGCAAGAAGUCCUGAAUGAUUACUACAAAGAGAAAGCUAAGGACUGUGUGAAACCUGAUGCUCUUGAACCAAGAAAGGAUUUAGAUUCUCCCCUUAAUGAGAAGGGUGAGGAAGAAGAAGAAAUCAUAACUUUAGUUAUUGAGGAACCCAAAGAGAAGUGGGAUUGUGAAUCCAUUUUGAGUACAUACUCAAACUUGUAUAAUCAUCCAAAACUUAUUGAGGAGCCAGCAAAGGCCAAACCAAUCAAAAUUUCUCAGAAGAGUGGAAUCCCACUGGAUAUCUUGCCUCAGAGAGGUCUUACGGCUAAGCAGACUGAAUGCAUGCAAAUGAUUGAUCAAAGUGAUCUGCCAAGAGUAUCCACACAGCCACGUUCCAAAAAUGAGAGCAGAGAGGAUCGAAAAGCUAGAAAACAAGCUAUAAAGGAAGAACGAAAGGAACGCAGAGUGGAGAAGAAAGCCAACAAAUUAGCCUUCAAGUUGGAAAAAACAAGACAAGAAAAAGAACUGCUCAAUCUGAGACAGAAUGUCCAAGGGCUCAAGCUGUCAUAGUGGAACUGAUGACUUUCAUAUUGUGGGAAGUUCUUUGCGUUGUUUUGUGCUAGGAUCUUGGGAAGACGCUGACUCUUUUAACCUUGUCUGAUCAUGGAUAGAAGUUCAUAACAUGGUAUUUGAAUUUUUCUAUAACCAGAUCAAGUAAUUUACCAUCUCUUUUUAAAUGUAAACAGCUGAAACAAUUUUUGGUUACAAAUUAAAAUUUACAGUAGUAUUUUUCUGUCAUGGACAUAACAUGGCAGCUAUUUAUAAACUGAGUUGCACUGGGAGUGUUUUAUGGUACUUAAAUUACAGAAAAAUAUAUAUUUUCUAUGCAGCAGGUUUUGUACAUAUUGAGAAUUUUACUAUUGUGAUUCAAGAGAUCUCGGUGCUGUUUCUGAAUUAGAUUUACCUAUCUGAAUGUGCAUAAAAUAAUUCUUUUCCUCCCUUUACAAUGGUAUUUACAUGCAGACUCGGUUGGAAACCAUGCUUAGGCAUUAGUACGGUUCUGUACAUCAAGAAUAUGCAGUAUUUUCUCCCAAGCCCUGUCUGAAGUAUCUAUUGCUGUUUGAAUACUAUUGUGAAGCAUAUUGGAAAAUCGUAUUUUAAGAGAGAUGUUUAGAAAACAGUUGUGAAUUUAGACAACCCUUAAAUUUAAAUAAAUUUCCAUUUCAUUUGGCGGGUGAAAUAAUUAAAGAUAUUUAAUGGAAGAUUUAGCUUGUGCAUUUAAAAUCAAAGUUAGCAACAUUAACAUCAUAAUUUCCUCAUGAAAUUAACUUGGCUGUAUUGAACAGUCUUGCAUACAGUGUUUGCUAUAAAAUAUUCAAAAAGAAAUAAGUCAAAACUAUACACAACCAGAAAAAAAGGAGUAGAGUAUGCUACAUGUAUGUGAUACAACAAAAAUUCUGUUGCAUUUCCUGACUUUCUGGGACCUUAACUCUGAAGCCUUAGAAGUGCACUGUGAGGGAGCUAAACUAAAAUGCAACCUUUGGUGCUGUAUGGGGUCUAAAUCCUCUAUGUCCUAGGCAGGAACCUCUUGGAGAUAGGCGGUGGCUCAUCCUAAUCAGACACCAUAAACACCUUUGUUCUGACUCUAGCAUUGAAUCUGCAUUGGCUUUGAUGGCUGUCAUUCUGUUGACGGCAAUGGACCUAUACAUCUCAGAAAGGUGAGCAAGCGUUGCCCCUUUAUGAGCAGAAAAGGGAAGUACCUCAUCUUUGUAGUUCCACAGGACCACAACACGAACAUUCGUUUAUGCCAUCUUGCCAUGGCAAGCUCAAUGUAAAAGUCUCUGUGUAUGUGGCUUAUGAGUGGGAGAUUCUGGUAGAAUCAUAACCUGUUGCUAGGAUUUCGGGUGCUAUUUUUGGAAGAGUUCUGGAUUGGUGCCCAGGAUAUAAGGGGAGAGAAUUUAAAUUACAGUUAGCUAAAUCCUGAGCACUUUAGGACUGGUGCCUGUGAGGCUUAAAAA